AUGUUCAUUCCACGAACGCCCAAAAACCCAUCAACAAUAUUCCAUUUCAUUAAAAAAUGUACCAAAACUACUACCAAAACCAACUCUAAGAUAUAUUUUCUAGACCCUUUCAAUUUUGAUUCACUUUGUACUAAUAAUGGCAACGGAAUUCACAUUAAUUCGCCUUGUGCUGUUAACAGUAGCAAUAGAAUUCACGUUAACAAUAAGAAAUAUAUACGUAGUUUUGUCACUGCUGCUACUGGUAGCUCUACAGCUCACUUGUACCCUGCUGUAACCACAAAAAAAAACCUUGAAAACAGAAAAUGGGCAACUUACUUAUUAACACUUAUACCAAUAAUAACGUUCGGACUCGGGACGUGGCAAGUACAGCGCCUACGUUGGAAAAUGGGGCUUAUUAAUGAAGCGCAGGAACGUACAGCGAAGCCGCCAAUGAAGCUGCCAAAGAAUAUAAAUCUUGAUGUCUUAGAUGAACUAUUGUAUAGGCGUGUUUAUGCGACUGGGCAGUUUCGUCACGAUCAAGAGAUGUUGUUGGGAAUACGACAUUACGAUAAUAAGCCGGGGUAUCUCGUGAUUACGCCGUUGGAACGGGAAAAUGGGUCUACGGUUUUGGUUAAACGCGGCUGGAUAUCAAAAGAGAAGGCAGAUCCUGCUAUAAGGCCAAAGAGCCAAGCAAAAGGAAUUGUCUCGGUUGAAGGAUUAUUGAGAAAAUCCGAUAAGAAAAAUUGGAAUACCCCUGUAAACAACCCAGACAAAAAUCAAUGGCUCUGGACAGAUCUGGAGAUGAUGGCUGAACGUACGGGGGCACAACCCGUGUUAAUUGAGCAAUCUCUAGAGGUACCACACUACGCAACUAACACACUGAUAGACGACGGAAUUCCAAUCGGGAAAUUGCCACAAGUGGAGUUUCGGAAUACUCAUUUAGAGUAUGCUAUUACAUGGUACACACUCUCAUUCGCCACUACUAUCAUGCUAUACAUACUUUUCAAGAAACCGCCGCCUGGACAAGUGAAACGUCAACAGAUGAAAGGUUAA